UGGGGGAUUCAGAUGGAUUCAAUACUGUGCCACAGAUGGCUUCGAUGGGACCACCGGCCGUGUUGAACUCCCUCUGGACAGUCGGCGCUUCUCCGGACAGCCGCGGAGACUACUACGACGACCCCCACGAAGAGUACUCCGACUGCCGCUACGAGGGCGACUACUCGAUGCCCACCGAGGAGGACCAAGAGGAGGAGUCGUGCUCCUGUCAGAGCCAGACCUGUCAGAGCCAGAGCGAGUUCAGCUCGAUAGAGCGCACAGAGUCGGACUCGGAGUGGGAGGAGCUCUCCGACGGCCCUUCCCCCAGGGUCUCCCCGCUGGAGUCCCUCGGCGCAGUCGUGCUCUCCACAAUGCAGCCGGAGCACCGUCAGCGCAUGGUGGCCUUGUACCACCUCGUCUUGGAGACCGCUGUGGUCAAGGUCGUGCUGCUGGUGCUGCAACUGCUGUGCUGCGCGGUGUUCUGGCUGGUCGAGAAGACCGUGGGCUUCAACGAAACCGUCGGCUCGAAGCGCCACCGAUUGUGGAACAGCAAGAUCAAGCUGCGCACCAUCCAGCGCCAGUUGCUGUGGCGCAUGGCCAAUGCCCGGGGCGACGAGACCCUCGUCUUCUUUGCCGUGCUCAUGACCAAGCCCUGGCUGUUUUCCCUCAGCCUACUGGGAUUCAUCCUGUCCCUGGCGGCGCUCCUGAAGAAGACCGUCGAGCAGCUGGUGUUCCAGAUACGCCUGCACCUCGUGCUCUAGGGGCAGCCAUCGAG